CAGCCCGGGUGAGACGGCAACCCAUUAUCAGAUGAGAGAGAAAAGCCACUGGCCGAGCUCCGGGAGCCAGGCUCAUUCUCAGCCAACUCCCUUGCUGAACGUCAAGUUCACAAAUGGCAACAACAGACAAGCUCACUCCGGAGCUGUGAAGCAUCAAGACAAAUUAGGAUAGCUGAGCAUGGGAAAGACAUGAAUAUUGUCCAGACCAGGAGAAGAACCAAACACCUCCAUUGUUGCUGCCAAGACUCUUAUUUCUUACCUCUGAUAACUUUAGCUGAGUCCAGACCCCACCCUCCUCCUUCCGGACAAAUCUCAUUAGGAUAGCUUUUCAUCAACUCAUCGCCAGCAAAUUCCCGAGCACCCGGCUGUGGUCCAGCUGGUGAUGAGAUGGGGGCCGGCCAGUCUGUGUGCUUCCCACCCAUCUCGGGACCCCACCACAUCGGCUGCACGGAUGUGAUGGAGGGUCACAGUCUUGAGGGGAGCCUCUUCCGACUCUUCUACCCUUGCCAAGCAUCCGAGAAGUGCGAGCAGCCCCUGUGGAUUCCCCGCUAUGAGUACAGCGUGGGCCUGGCUGAUUACCUGCAGUAUAACAAGCGCUGGAUGGGGUUGCUGUUCAACGUGGGUAUCGGAUCGUGUCGCUUGCCUGUCAGCUGGAACGGCCCCUUUAAGACAAAGGAAUCUGGAUACCCUUUGAUCAUCUUGUCCCACGGACUAGGAGGGUUCAGGGUGUCAUACUCGGCCUUCUGCAUGGAGCUGGCCUCCCGUGGCUUUGUGGUUGCUGCCGUAGAGCACAGGGACCAGUCAGCUGCGGCCACCUACUUCUGCAAGCAGACCUCACAAGAGAGCUCUCCCGCUGACUCUCUGGAGGAGGAGUGGAUCCCCUUCCGACGAAUCAAGGAAGGGGAGAAGGAGUUCCAUGUUAGGAAUCCCCAGGUGCACCAGCGGGCGAAAGAGUGUGUGCGCGUGCUGCGGAUCCUUCAGGACGUCUCUGCUGGGAAGACUGUCGUCAAUGUCUUCCCAGGCGGACUGGAUCUGAUGACCUUGAAGGGCAGCAUCGACAUGAGCCGCGUGGCUGUGAUGGGUCACUCCUUUGGAGGAGCUACGGCUGUUCUUGCUUUGACCCAAGAGGUCCAGUUUCGGUGUGCUAUAGCCCUGGACGCUUGGAUGUUCCCUCUGGAACGGGACUUUUACCCCAAAGCCCGAGGCCCUGUGUUCUUUAUCAACGUCGAGAAAUUCCAGACGGUAGAGAGCGUCAACUUGAUGAAGAAGAUAUGUGCCCAGCAUGAGCAGUCCAGGAUAGUGACUGUCCUAGGCGCUGUUCAUCGGAGUCAGACUGACUUUGCCUUUGUGACCGGCAACCUGAUUGUUAAAUUCUUUUCCGGUAACACUCGUGGGACCUUGGACCCUUAUGAAAGUCAGGAGGUCAUGGUGAAGGCCAUGUUGGCCUUCCUGCAGAAGCACCUUGACCUGAAGGAAGACUAUGAUCAAUGGAGCAGCUUCAUCGAAGGCGUCGGACCAUCGCUCAUCCAAGGGGCCCCACACUAUCUGUCUAGUCUAUAGGUCGCUUGAGCUGCGUUUCCUCUUAGGAGCUGCCCAAGGAUACUUGCAGUCUAUCAGCAGGACCCUUUUUCCCAGAUCGAGGAGAUGUAAUCAGAGAGCUGAUUGGGUAACUGGAUACUUGGCUCUUGGGAUUGUUGAUCUUUAGCGCACCUCAGAUCACUGGCUGAUUGGGAAGCGGAUUUUUUUGUUUUUCUUUUUAAGUCAAGGACCCAUGACCCAGACUGGCUCUGAACUUACUGCAUAUUGAGGAUGACCCUUCUGAAUGACAGACAUUACCACUAUACUUGGCUUGUAUUCAGUACUGGGAAUCAGACCUGAUGUGAGCCACUGUGCCUGAGUUAAAGACUAUGAAGUACUUAUAUGCUGAGGACCUGUUCUCAAUGACAGUCCCAGAUCCUGUUUGCCUUAAGUAAGAACAGUGUCUACCUUCUGGGCUGAGUUCUCUCUUGGCUCGGGCCAUUUCUACUGUUCUGGCCAUGCAGUUUACCAUGUGGAAUCCAUACCAAUAGGUGCCAUUCCAUCUGUGCCACCAUAACCACAUAGCCAGUCUUUUUGGCCCCAGGCAGAGCCCCAUGGAGCCUGGAUAUGACAACUUGACUUGGCUAGCCCACUCUCUCACCUUGGGCAAGUGUUGCCUCAUGAAGCCAAAGGCCAGAGGGAAACCUUAGGGCUUCCAGCCCUGCCUGGUGCUCUCCACCUGCCCCCCCCCCCUCCAGGGCAGUCUUCCCACCAUAUGAAAUACAGUAAUGGACACUCUGGACUGUCACACUUAGGAGCCCAUGUGGGGCAAACAGUAUUGUCCUCAGAACACAGACACCAAGGAGCCCCUCAGAAGCUCAGUGUCUUUGAGGUUUCACAAGUAUAUCUUGUCAGGAGACAUGCUGAGUAGGUUGCAAUGGACUGGAGGAGCUGAGCUGCCCUUUUCACGGGCCACAGAGGACACCGGGUUGGCCAGCUCAACUCCAGGUAUGUCCCUAGAGAGGGUCAGAGGUCAGCUUCGUCUUGCCUCUUACUCAAACCAGGAUGCUUUAGUUGUCUGCUUUGUUUUGUUUCUGUUUUGGGUUCCUUUUUUUUUGAGGCCAUCCCUCAACUUAAGUCAAGGAACCGAUCCAGUCUGCUUCAUCCUCUUUCAUCGCAUAUUGAUGCUCAUGCUGUGAUGCUCAUGCUGGCCUAACGGCAUGCUGGAGCUCCGUCUGUUUAAUGGACAUUAGAGUGAGUUGGAGAGCCACCUGGAAGUGACUUUUCUGAUUUCCUUUGUUUGCUAAUCACGUGUGCCCACACGGGAAUAAAAACAAACAAACCAAAGACUUCCCAGAGUUCCAAGCUCAGUGGGAAGGCCCACCGAGGACUGUGCCUCUGCCAUACAAGAUCUGCCACCUGAAUCCCAGAAGGGAAGAACUGCAGAGGGGCAAGUACAGCUCAGAAGCGUAUCUCUGCACGCUAGUCCAAGGUCAGGGCCACCAAAGCAUCCAGAGAGGUGCGCACACAUCAGGAGGCCCUCAGGCGUGGCUCUGCAGCUGCACAGCUGGGCUCAGCUCCAGCGCUGCUGUCUUCCCAACCUCAAUUCCCGCAUAUGUAAAAUGAGGGCCUGCGUUAGGAACGGUUGGAAUGAUUGAGUGGAGGGCUGGGUGACCCCUGGGUUAUUAAAUGUGCAUUUCCCACAUCCCACACGCGUGCUUUCUAAUCGUUUGAAUAUUAAAUGUUUCCGAGUCAGAAUGUCCCAUAUGAUCUCUACCCUUCAAGAUUUGUCGAAACCUGAUUGUUGGCCCACUCACUGGAUGAUUAAAAUGUCUA